UUCUCAUCAAAUUUUCCAUUGCUUUCACUUCUUCUAUAUAUAUAAACCUUCCUCAAAAAGGGUUCCUCUGCAACUAACCAAAUCAACAAAUUUCAUUUAUAUCUCUAGCUAUAUCUUCUCCUUGUAUUCUUCUUCUCAAGUUUCUAUACACAUAUGCAGGGCUCAUCAAUGAAUUCUAUGAGAAAACUUGUCCCUGAGAGAACUUGCUUUUUUGGUGAUGAUGAUGAUGAUCAUGGUUGUGCUGAAGAGAGUGGUUGGACUAUGUACUUUGAGGAUUUCUUUGCCCAAAAAAACAAGAAGAAAACCAACAUUAAUGGUGAAAACAGUUGUUUCUCUUAUGAUAAUGAAACUUCUUCUCUUGUUUCUGAUGCUGCUUCUUUGGUUAUGAAGAAGGAAAACGAUUCUGUUGAUAAAGAUGAUAAUACUAAUGAAGAAGCAGCUGCUGCUGCUGUUGGGUUAUCCAUAAAUAGCAGAUUUAAUUAUGGCAGGUUGAGUUUCAAGAAGAGAAAAACCAAAGGAGCUUUGGUUGCUGAUGAUGCUUUGGAGGAUACUGCUAGUUCUCCUGUCAAUAGUCCCAAGAUUUAUGAUCUGAUUAUGAUGAAACGGUUAAACAAGAGCACAAAGCAGGGAGAAAACAUGGACAUUAUUUCGUCAUCACCAUCACUGCAGGAAAAAGAAGGAAGAGGCCCAACAAGGCAGAUAGAAGAGGAUUUGGGUUUUACUGGGAAAGAAAGUGACACUGCAGAACUGAAGAAAAAGGGUCUUUGUUUAGUUCCUUUGUCUAUGGUAGUGAACUUCUUUGCUUGAUUUUCUCCUUCUCUAUCCAUCCAUGGAUUUAUGAUGGACUACUGCCUGUGGUUUUGAAAUUGGCAUGCAGAA